AUGGAGAUCAACGCUCUGGUUUUAUCCUCCUGCAUGUGUCUCCUCUUACAGCAGAACUGUCAGGAUGCCGCAUCGUUACACAUCUGCUCCAGCUGUGCUUUAAACCCUGGUCACCACAGGUCUGAGCCAAUAACCUCUACCGAUUCCAAACCGGAGAGCGGAGGUGAGCAGAACGUUGACCCGAACCCCAUCUCAACAUCACACUGUCAGACACAACGUGUUGACAAAGUCUGUGAGAGCUCAACAUUGGAUGGAGAAGUUAAAGAGAAGCUGCACACGGCCUCCGAACAACCAGAGAGGAUCCGUGCGGUUCCGAUCUACCGGCGUCCGGACCUGCUGCUUCCCUGCGCAGACCUGGUCAACUCCGAGUGGCAGAGGAGCCGGGCCGCCCGGCUUCACUCUCUGCAGAAGUCCUGUCCAGAAUUCCCCGUCUGCCUUGUUCUCCUGCAGGGCCAGAGAGAGACGGAGCGGCUGCUCGGCCACGCCCGGCUGUCCCAGGUCGUGGGUCACGGCAGUAGCUUGUUCGUCGAGUCGGUGGUGGUGUCCAAGGCGGAGCGGGGGAAGGGCCACGGCCGCACUCUGAUGGAGGAGACUGAGCGCUACGCCAAAAGCAGAGGGUUCAAGCGCCUGUGCCUGACAACCCACGAUAAGCAGCACUUCUACGCCCACCUUGGCUACGUGCUGUCAAUGCCGGUGCAGAGCGCAGGCGCCAUGACGGCGUUUGUUCCCAUGGAGACUCUUUUGAGGUUCUCCAGAAUGCCGAGCGAAGAGGCGAACACACAGAAACCAACACGGACAAAGAUGGAUGCUCAAGUAUCUCAAGGAGGUGCUUGUGUGGUGGGGUUACCGCCACCUUCUAAUUUAGCUCCUCGCUCCAUCCCUCCACCACUUCCUCCCUCCAUCCCUCCACCACCACCACAAAAAACCCUCUUUUCUUCCAUCAUCCACCCCACCAACCAACCCCUCCUCCCCCAUCCUCCACCACACCACCCUCUUUUCCAUCACCUCCACCCCACCACCACCACCACCCCCUCCUCCCUCCAUCCCUCCACCACCACCACCCCCUUCCUCCAUCCCUCCUCCAUCUCCUCAGCUUGUAGUUCAGACUCUGACUGAAACUCCCUACAGAGACGCCAAAGGCGUUCCCAUCUAUUGGAUGCACAAAGACAUUUGACGAACACACAAUCGGAUGCACUAAGGAAUGCAUUCACCACUGCACAAAUGUAUGUUUAUACAGACAGAAACAUAUGUGGAUAUGACAUAUGAAGGACUCACACCAUUACUGGUCUCUCAAACAGAGAAUGAGUAAUAUGCAGUGUGGAAAGAUGGAAAUGUUUCAUUAAGCCAAAGAAAUACAGAAAACACUCCUGCGUUUACACAUUCAUUCACUGUUGGUACACAUGUAGACACACCCCGUCUCUCAAGCUCAGUCUACAGUAUAAAGCCUUGUGUCUUGGGCUGAAACACCAAGACAAUAACACAAUACAAUACAAUACAGAAGCGGACACACAAAAGCACUAUGUGCAAAUGUCUUAUUUUCAUCAUUCUUGUGGAAUAGAAGACAAAUGUGUUGCUUUGUUGCUAGUUAGGUACACCCAACCCUUGUUGUCACUUCCAAAUAACUGGUUUAGAUAAUUACAAAGAACUGCACAUUAAACUGUAUUGAUUGUGCUUGCAGUGGAGCGCCAGUGGGCUCGGUGGAUCUCUGUAAAGCUGCAAUUCAGCAGUGAGUCAAAUAGAAACUGUGGCCAACAUUACUGAAAUGUGAUUUGUUAAAGUCUCUCUCUCUUUGCUUAACAAGUAGAAUAUAAAUGUAUUUAUUUGAAACAGGGACAAUGCACAAAUGAACAUUAAACUUGUAAUACAAAAGAAUAUGUCUUGAGCCAGGUUAAAGCAACAAUUGCUAAUUUCCACCUGUAGUCCCUGAUAAUUCAGAGAAAAACAUACAACCCAACCAACGGCAUUACUUAUGCCCUUUGAGCAGUUCUGCUCCUGAUAAAUAUUGUAAAUCCAGUCUACAUCUGCUGCUAUUAAAUAGGGAUUCGUGGUUUGAAUGUGCCUUGUUGAAUUGCCAGAGAACUGAAGCCUUAAUGAAGUUCUAAAGACUUCA